UCUCCGGCUCCACCAUCGGCGCUCGUUGUGUCGUGCAAGGGCGGCGGCUGCGCUUGGCUGCCGAACCACCGAGGCAAGGAACCGAAGACGCCGCCGCCGCGUGGUGGAAGCGGGGCAUUGGCGAGUACGUGCGUAAGAGGUGACGGCGGCGGAGAGACAGCGCCCAACAGCCUCAACGAAUAUUCGUCAGGAGCACCUGGAGUAGUCAUGACAGGGAAAUCUGAGCAGAAGUCUCGGAAAGAGAGGAGGAAAGAGGCGAGAUCAGAGAAGCAGAAGCUGCGGUUUCUCUCUUGGGUUCAGCACCAGGGUGGCAAAAAGAAGAAACUGGCAAUGCCAGCAGUAGAGCCUAGCCCAGAAGAGGGGAAGAAACCAAAGAAAGAACCUGCUACUGUGAAGAAGAAGAGAAAGAGGGAAUUAGAGGGUAAACACAAGCCCAAGUCGAACUUUCAGGAAUAUCUUGAAAUGGAGAUGGGUGGAGCUGUGAGCAUGGAGGAGGAUCUGGAGAUGGAGAGGAGGCUUGCGAAAAAGCUCAAAGUGAAGAAAGGGAAGUUGGGAGGUCCGGAUGAUGGUAUGGAUGAACUUUUUGCGGACCUUGGGUUUGGUGGAGACUUUGGGUCGGAUGAUGAAACAAAAGCAUGUGACAGGACAAAAGGGAAAAAGAAAAAGAAGAAUGUCACGGAGGAUGACAUGGAGAUGGAGGAACUGGGUGUCGGGAAUGAAGAGAAUGAUCGGAAGAAGAAGAAGAAGAAGGUGAAGAAGGAUGACAUGGAGACAGAGGAACUGGAUAACAGGGGUGAAGAGAACAAUGGGAAAAAGAAGAAGAGGAAGAAGAAGAAGCCGAAGAAGGAUGACAUGGAGGUUGAAGAACUAGAUGACGGGGGUGCUGACAUGGAUGAAGAGAAUGAUGGGGCAGUUCUGGAAUCUGAGGAUGGAGAGGCUAAUGUGGUUGAACUGUCCACAGAAUCAAAAGGGAAGUAUGUACCUCCAAGUUUGCGUGCUUCUUCCAAUUCAGAAUCAGAAGAGAUUGCUCAUAUGCGUCGGAGAGUAAGAGGACUUCUGAACAGACUCUCAGAGUCAAAUGUGGAGUCUAUUACUCAGGAAAUUGCCACGCUUUUUCGAUCUGUUCCACGAAGUGUUGGCUGUCAGGUAAUUGGUGAUGAAAUUCUGGCUAGUUGUUCCCGGGGACCUCGUGGCAAUGACCAAUAUGCUGCUGUUUUUGCAGCCUUUGUUGCAGGCAUGGCAUGUUUGGUUGGUAUUGACUUCAGUGCCAAGAUCCUUGCGUCCAUUGCUAAGACGUUUGAGGAUGAGUACUCAAAAGAAGAUAGCAUAUCUUUGAGAAAUCUAACCUUACUCUUCUGCUUUCUGUGCAUAUUUGGUGUCAUCUCAAGUGAUCUUGUGUACGAUCUUCUAUCAAUUCUGAGCAAGCGCUUGACAGAGAUGGAUGUCUCUACAGUAUUGACCAUCCUACAGUGCUGUGGGAUGAAGCUGCGGGGUGAUGAUCCAGGUGCUAUGAAAGAUUUUGUCCUUAGUAUUCAGAACUCUGUGAAUCAGUUGAAAUUGCACUCUGGUGUUGGAGAAGAUGGAAAAACAGAUGCAUUAUACAGCACAAGAAUGAAAUUUAUGCUCGAUACCAUAUGUGACAUUAAGAACAAUAAGAAAAGGCCUAAAGAUGUUUCAGACCACACUCGAAUAAAAAAGUGGCUUCAAAAGCUUAAGGCAGAAGAUGUCCUGUUGCGAGGACUAACAUGGAGUAGGCUUUUGGAUCCUGAUAAGAAAGGGCAAUGGUGGUUGUCUGGGGAUGUUCCAUCUGCAGCAGGUAAUAUUGAAGAUGUUGCUGCUGUUAUAAGCAAGGACGUUGCAGAGACGCAAAAGCUUCUUCAGCUUGCAGCAGCUCAGCGGAUGAACACGGACAUACGAAGAGCAAUCUUUUGUAUUAUAAUGAGCGCCGAAGACUAUGUAGAUGCUUUCGAGAAGCUCUUGAGGCUGGGCCUUUCUGGGAAGCAGGAUCGAGAAAUCAUAAGGGUCAUUGUUGACUGUUGUCUGCAAGAAAAAAUGUUCAACAAGUAUUACGCAGUCCUUGCUUCCAAGCUAUGCAGCCAUGAGAAAAAUCACAAGUUCAGCUUGCAGUACUGCAUCUGGGAUCACUUUAAGGAGCUAGACAACAUGGAGCCAAAUCGAUCCAUGAACCUUGCAAAACUAGUUGCAGAGAUGUUGUCAAACUUCACCCUCUCCCUUGCAACUCUGAAGGUUGUCAACCUGGCAAAUCCAGUGGAGAUGACUCCAGAGAGGAUUGCCCAUUUUCAAGUGCUGUUUGAGACCUUACUACAGAAAGACGAUGCACUGGUGUGGAAUUUCUUCUCCCGUAUCGCUGGUCUUCCAGAGCUUGAGAUAUUGAGAGAUGGCAUUGUGCUGUUCAUCAAGCAGCAUGUGAUUGCUGAGGACACUGGGAAAGACUUGGCUAGCAAAUUCAAGAUUGCAAAGAAGGCACUUGAUAAUACUGCUGGAGUUCUGAUGUAAGGUCCACGGGGUUCCAAGUCUGUGCUUUCCAUGCCUAUUUGCGCCAAUUAUUGCAUCUCUCAUGUCCUUUGUUCUCAUUUUCGCUUUGUUGCUUCAGAGAAACAAAGUACAACUCCUUUUUGUAUCUAUACUAGUAAUUAGAGAAUGAGCUCCCAAGGCCGAUGCAAAUUUAAUUUGAUGAUUCAACAGAGACUUUACUGGUUCGGAAUGCUUUAAGCAAAAGUUUUGAUGA